AUGGGAAAGUGCAGCUUUCUGAUUUUGGGAACCUUGGCAACCAUAGCCUUCCAAGAAGUUUUUACCUUGCAACCAGGUCCAUGUCGAAAGUUGGUCCAGAGCUAUCCACCAACCACCAUUAAGGGCAAAAUGAUACAUCACUCCCUUUAUCUGGAUAUAUUUACAAAGGGGGAAAAGAAGCAAAAUAAGCCACUCAAUGUAUGCCUUCACGUUGAUUUCCAAGAAUCUUUUCUGAAGGGAUAUACGGUUAUAGGUACGGAUAAUAAGGACUUCGCGGUCCUGUACAAAUGUAACUAUUUCGACGACUCAAAGUCCAACGUUGAGCUGAUCAACACGUAUACUAGGCUGAAAACUCCGAGCAAGGAUACUUUAACUUUAAUUUCCCAGGCCUUUAAAAAGAAUGGCCUAAAGGAAAAUAGCGAACUGAUCUUCUGUCAGUGAGAUCGAGAACCGGAAUCUAAUUCAAUCCAUACAGGCAAAGUAAGGUCAAAAGUAGCGCACGACGAAUUUUUUAAUGCUUUUAUUUGAAGUUGUUUUUUAUUGGUUUCCGUUGCUUUGUUAUACAAAUCCAAUUUGCGCCAAUGUGCGGGGAAAUUUUCCUCUCACCUUACUUUCUUUCCCCAUUUCACCCUCUGCUUGUCAUAAAAAUAUGCGACAUUUCGUUUUUAUCGCUUUUGAAAAACUUUAUUCUUGGCUCUUUGGUGUUCAAUUCCUCCUUGCAUUGCUUUUUAUUUGUGACGCUCGAUUGGCGAUUGAAAAGCGCCCGAUUGGCUGCGAUUUCUGGACUCUUUUGGUUGGGGAAGUACCAUGGACAGAUAUUGAUAAUUUUUAAUUAAAUACAAAGUAGUGUAUGUUAAUUUUUGGAAAAAAUAAAAAUAGUUAAA